AGGGCGCCAGAUUCCGGAAGAGGCUGCAGUUGUGGCGGCGGUUUCUCUGUUGGUGAUUAGUAUCUUUCCUGCCAGAGCGGGGAAAUACACGGCAGCAUCAUGGUUGAGGAAGUACAGAAACAUUCUGUGCAUACACUUGUGUUCCGGUCGUUGAAGAGGACCCAUGACAUGUUUGUAGCUGAUAAUGGAAAACCUGUGCCUUUGGAUGAAGAGAGCUUCCCUCCCGCUGCUCUCAGAGCCUUGCUGAGCUGAAAUUGUACCUGGCCAGUACUUCUACUCCCAUCUUUUCUCUCACAAACGAAAAAUGGCAAUCAAGCUGAGGAAUGAGUAUGGUCCUGUGUUGCAUAUGCCUACUUCGAAAGAAAAUUUUAAAGAGAAGGGCCCUCAGAAUGCAUCAGAUUCAUAUGGUCAUAAACAGUAUCCUGCCAACCAAGGACAAGAUGUUGAAUAUUUGGUGACGGGUACACAUCCCUAUCCACCUGGACCUGGGGUUGCUUUAACAGCAGAUACUAAGAUCCAAAGAAUGCCAAGUGAAUCAGCUGCACAGUCCUUAGCUGUGGCAUUACCUUCUUCUCAGGCCAGGGUUGACGCAAACCGCAGUGCACCUGCUGGAGGUGAAUACCGACUUCCUGGGGCCUCUGACCGUUCGCAGCCUGCAGGAAUGACUUCGGCUGUUAUGGAGGGUGGUAAUGCCAAGAACUCUGCACUGAUGGCUAAAAAAGCCCCUACAAUGCCAAAACCCCAGUGGCACCCACCAUGGAAACUCUACAGGGUGAUCAGUGGGCAUCUUGGUUGGGUUCGAUGUAUUGCUGUGGAACCUGGAAAUCAGUGGUUUGUUACUGGAUCUGCUGACAGAACUAUAAAGAUCUGGGACUUGGCUAGUGGCAAGCUAAAACUGUCAUUAACUGGGCACAUCAGUACAGUGCGUGGCGUGAUAGUAAGCUCGAGGAGCCCAUACCUGUUCUCCUGUGGGGAAGACAAACAAGUCAAAUGCUGGGAUCUGGAAUAUAAUAAGGUUAUAAGGCACUAUCAUGGACAUCUAAGUGCAGUGUAUGGUUUGGAUUUGCACCCAACAAUUGAUGUGCUGGUAACCUGUAGUCGAGAUUCAACUGCACGGAUUUGGGAUGUGAGAACUAAAGCCAGUGUACACACAUUAUCUGGACAUACAAAUGCAGUUGCCACAGUGAGGUGUCAAGCUGCAGAACCACAAAUUAUUACUGGAAGCCACGACACUACAAUACGAUUAUGGGAUUUGGUGGCUGGAAAAACAAGAGUCACAUUAACAAAUCACAAGAAAUCAGUCAGGGCUGUGGUGUUACAUCCAAGACAUUACACAUUUGCAUCUGGUUCUCCAGAUAACAUAAAACAGUGGAAAUUCCCUGAUGGAAGUUUCAUUCAAAAUCUUUCUGGUCAUAAUGCUAUUAUUAAUACAUUGACAGUAAAUUCUGAUGGAGUGCUUGUAUCUGGAGCUGACAAUGGCACUAUGCAUCUUUGGGACUGGAGAACCGGCUACAAUUUCCAGAGAGUUCAUGCAGCUGUGCAGCCUGGGUCUUUGGACAGUGAAUCAGGAAUAUUUGCUUGUGCUUUUGAUCAGUCUGAAAGUCGAUUACUAACAGCUGAAGCUGAUAAAACCAUCAAAGUGUACAGAGAGGAUGAUACAGCAACAGAAGAAACUCAUCCAGUCAGCUGGAAGCCAGAAAUUAUCAAGAGAAAGAGAUUUUAAUGUGUCAUUGUCUUCUUGGUGGUUCCUUUCUUUUUUUUUCUUUUUUUCUUUUUAGUUUGGCAUUGAUAAGGAUAUCCAGUCAUUUUGUGCUCUGGCUAGGGAUAUAAAGCAGAAACUCACAUGCUUGAAUCAUUGCUGCUUUGUAAUUUACAAUAAACUGUCUCCCUUUCCAAUGUUUUUUAUUUCUAAAAUAAACAAUUUGAGAUCCCAGGAAGUAAGAUGCAGAUGUGAAGCAUAUGCAAGUUUGUUGAAUAUAACUAUUCUAAAGAUAGAAUAUUUUGUCAAUUUUUAUUAAAAAGUACCUUUUUUUUUUUUUAACUUACAGAACUGCUUACUAUAAUAGUACGUGUUAUGAGGGGAGCAGUCAGUUUUUUUUUUAAUCUUUGAAAACUAGUUAUCUGUGACUGGUAAUUUGGGAUUAAAGGAUUUGAAGUCUCAACUUACGUAUGUUUAUUCCACAAACAGUAUUUGAGUGCCUGUCCUGCAAAAUUCUGCACUAGAUACUGUUCAGGAAAUAGACAAAUAAAAUGUGUCUGUCCUCCAAGACUUCCAGUUUAGUAGCUUAUUAUAGAAUCUGGGUAGCACAGAGGAAAAUACCAUUAAUGUUUCCUGGGAGGAUUGUGGAAGACCUAAUACAGUAAAUGGUAUUUGAGCUGAGCCUUGAGAGGGCAGAGAAGGAAAAGGCUAUUCUAAGAGGAGGCAUAAAGUGAAUGAACCCAGACAUGUGAAAGUGUGGUGAGUUCUAGGAGCAAAAUAUUGUGUGCUGCAGUUGAGUGACUACAACUGGUUGGUGGUUGGGAAAUGUCAUGUUUUGAGUUUGGAUUUUAUUCCACAAGAAAUAGGAUGCCAGUGUAGGUAUCAAAACCUAGCAAAAUAACUGGAGAUACCAGUAGAAGUAUUUGAAGCUGUAGCAAGGGCUCUAGUCUUUCAUGAAGACUAUAAAAAAGUGAUUCUAAUACCUAUGCCUCCUUCUGGUAAAUGAAUUUUGUAAAUCCUGCCCAUCAGAUCCUCAUUCCCCAUCAGUCAAGAUUUGUCAAACUUUCUGUAGUUGGAGAAUAUGAUUACAAGAACAACUGAUUUAAAUUCUUUUUUUCAAAAUAAAAAGUUGCAUCAUAAUUUUCAAUAAGCAUUUCCAAAUUAUAUACAUCCCAUCUUGCAUGCUAUAGGUGGGAGUAUAAUUGUUACAACCUUUAGGUGGAUAGUUUUCCAGAGUAUAUUGAAAGUGCUUGAACUCUUUUGCUAACUUCAUUAGAAAUGAAAUUUCUUGGAAACUGCCUAAUAGGAAUAAUCCAGUAAGUGUACACAGGCAAGUUCAUUGCACCUUUGUGGUUUAAUAGUUAAAACUAGCCCAGAGGUCCUAUCAAUAAGGGACUGGUUUAAUAGAUUGUGGUACCUUCAUGCAGUUUAUUUCUAUCAAUUAAGAGUGAGGAAUGUCUGGACUAAUAAGAUGUUCAAACUUUGCUCUUAUGUAAGAAAAGUUGUGCAAGCAUUUUUUUGUAAAAUGACUUGUUAAUUCUCUAAAACAUAAUGGAGAAGUACCACCAUGUUGUUAUCAGUGGCUUUGUGAGGGAGUGCAAUUAUGGGAGAACUUUCAUGAUCUGCUUUAUAUAUUUCUAUAAUGUUUUAAUUUUCUAUAAGCAUGUAUUUUGUAAACUUAAAUAAAGAAGAACCCCACUACACUUGCAUCCCUGAGAGAUUCAAAUAUGCCUUCUAACAGAAGAAAAAUCAAAGAUGUGAAUAGUAUCCCAUCUCCAAAGGGCAAGAAGAAAUUACUAGUACAAGAUGAGAAAGAUAGCCCCCAUCGUCUUGCCUAGCAAGUUUCAACUAUUUGUUUGUUAGGUACAAAUACAAAUUCUGAAUAGCAUUUAAAAAGUUCAUUUCCCUGCUUCCUGGAUGCUCUCCUGUAUUUCGGUGUUCUUGAAUCCUCUUGCGAACAGUUCACAUAUGGUCUUGAAUCGCAUGUAAUUGUAAGCAGAAUUUUAUGCAUGUGCCCUUCUCUUACUGAGCAGAACCCCAACCCUGGAUUGAGCCGAAAUCUCUUACUGUGCCUAUGCCUUAAGUACACUCAAGCUGUAAAAAGUACCGGAGGGAAACAGCUGUGCUCGCUGGACUCUGUUGAUUUAUGAACACAUGGCUCAAGUGGGCCAUCAAUGAACACAUACAUGUUUCCACAGUUAAUGUCUUCUGCCAGGACCCUGUGAAAAAGGAUGAGCUACCCACUUAGGAAGAACUUCUCCAAAUAUACAAUUGUUGAUUUACACUCUCGUCUACUCAAGGACUUUGCUCCUAUGAUUAACCCCUUUCUCUGCACCAUAAUUUCCUUCCCUUUUAACCAAAUGAUUCUCAUCAACAAAUGUUUUAUUUUGAAUACGUAUUUAAUGUAUGUAUUUAAAUAAAUAGGCCUGCCUUAAAGACCUAAUGUUCCCUUCUAAGUAUGCACCCAUUUUUAACUCCUUUUGUAGCAAAACUAGUUUUCAUAAUCUCAUCUCUAUAAUUUCCUUGCUUUCCAUUCUCUCAACUGACUCCAAUGCAAAAAUAAUGAAAAUAAAUGUGUUAAAUAUUGUUCUUAGGAAAAUAGAAGAGACUUUAUAAGGGAGUUGAUAAAAAAUAAGAAAACAGUGAAAUACAGAUUUUGAAAAUAAACCUAAAUGUUGCCUUUUUGGUAUAAAAAUAAACUAGAUAAAUCAAUUAAAAAUAUUUAAAAAAUGAUAAAGGGAGUGGGAGAAAAGACAAUUCAAUUCUAUGCUAUUUUAAAGAGCCAAGUAAAAGGAUGAAAGAAAAAAAUUCUGUGAUUCCAGAAGAUACAGAAAAUUUAACCAGAUUCAUUACCAUAGAAACAGUUGUCAAGGAGUAACCUCUUAAGUUCACCACCGGUAUACGUCACCAAGCUCAUAGAGCUUCAGAAUGGAAUACUAACUAAUUCUAAUGCACUUUAAAUUUUUCUGGGACCUAGAUAAAUAAGGAAAGCUUUCAUGUGAGUAUAACAAAGAUACCCAAGUCCAAUACAGCACAAAUAAAGGAAAUUGUGAUUUCAUCUUG